AUGCCUAGCAAGAACUCGGCCAUUGCUUCUGCCCCCAUCCCACCGACAAAAAACCAAAGCGGAAAUAAUCUCGUGUGGAAUGUGGCAGAUGGCUACGUUCAGCUGGCUCGUCGUACCGACAAGGACGACAAUCUCCAACAACCCGUGGUUGGCAAACCACCGCAUGAUAAGCCAGACAACGACUUGAUUGCAGCGCCCGACAACAGGGCUCCUCUUACAAAGCCCGCUGACCCUCCUGUCGAAACCAAACAAGUAGCACCAUUUCAAUCCACUUGGUCUUUUGCAGAAGCUGUGACACCUAGCUUGACCAGAGUGUUUGCUGUCAGAGACGAUUACGCCGUGUGCUUGAUCAGCCCUGGCUACCAUCCAUUGAAGAGGGCCACGGCAAAGACGUUCAGCAUUGCGGCCUGUUCCAAGCCCGAUAGUGAUGGACCCGACCAUGAAAAGGUUCUGGUUUACUAUGUGGUGGAAGACGACAACAGUGACCGACGAGUCGCUGAAUACAACAUCAAAGAGAAAAGAGCCUAUAUCUUGAGCACCGACCUGAGCUCUGAUCCAUCCGACGCCACUCGGUUGUGUGCAAUUUACUAUGCUCCACCUGGAGAAACUACGGAGGAGCCGUACAUCUUCUUCCAAAAGAAAGACAAGAUUUUUGAGUAUCGAACGCAGAAGAAUUCUUCUAGCGAGCUCACUGGCAUCACUGAUCUUCGCAGCCCAACUCCACUAGCCAUCUGCCGUUUCAACAAGAAGGUGUAUCUCUUCUGGCUGUCAUCGACCUACCGUCUCAUGUACAGCAGCCGGUCUGCAGGUCAAUGGACAUCGGGGACCACUGUGCCGGCUCCCGCAGGCGGACACCAGCCAUUCAAAGCUGAUACGCAGUCUGAUCUCUCUGUGGUGGCUGAUGAGGAGAAGGGCCAGAUUACCAUUUACUACAAGCAGGUAGACUCUGACAACGAAGUAGAUGCGUACGUCUGGAAGGUAGCUCCAUAG